ACCCCUGCAUUCCACCGAGUCCCAAGUCCCCCUCCGCCUCUUUCCCAACUCCCCAGACCCGUGCUCACGCCAGCUUCGCCGCCAGUUCCCGUCGACGGCGUCGACACCGACGUCGCUGCCAGCCACUUCCGCACUGCCAGUUACUAAAAGAGAUUCGGGAAUUGCUUGAAAUUCCUAGGUUCAUUGUCGGAAAACUGGCUUCGAGAAUUGUGGCUCCAGAAUCAGUAAUAUUGAAUCAGAAACAUAUGGUUGCAGAGACAGAGUAGGAAAAUUGUCGACUUUUCCAAACCUUCGAUAUUUUAUUGAUUGGGGACCCAAGAAAGCAAAAAAAGACCUCCGCUAGGCAAAACCCAAUUCAACUCUUUUAUCCUAUAUGUAUUACUUGCCCACAGCUUUCUGAAUAGCCAAACAGCGGAUCAAAGAAUCAAGAAAGUAACAACCCAAGCCGCAAAUAUUACUCGCCUGUCGGAGAGUCCGACUUUUUGGCCCUCUCUGUGUGUGUGUAAAGCGUUGGGCCCCUUCAUCGGAAUCACUCACUGUCUCCGGUCAUGACCCCGGCUUUCUUUUUCUCCAGCAACUUUGCAAAUUGCAAUGGACACUUCUAGGCUUCUUAAAAGCGAGUAGCGCAAUUUGGGAGCGAUGUCUCGUCAAAUGACAUCGUCCGCCUUCCACAAAUCCAAGACUCUCGGUGAAAAAUACAUACUUGGAGAUGAGAUUGGGAAAGGAGCUUAUGGUCGAGUUUACAAGGGUCUGGAUUUGGAUAAUGGAGACUUUGUUGCAAUUAAACAAUUUUCUUUGGAGAAUAUUGCUCAGGAGGAUCUCAAUAUUAUCAUGCAAGAGAUUGAUUUACUGAAGAACUUGAAUCACAAAAACAUUGUGAAAUAUCUUGGGUCUUUAAAGACAAAGACUCACCUUCAUAUAAUCCUUGAGUAUGUGGAGAAUGGCUCACUUGCGAACAUUAUCAAGCCAAAUAAGUUUGGACCUUUUCCAGAAUCGCUGGUUGCCGUUUACAUUGCUCAGGUUUUGGAAGGCUUGGUUUAUCUACAUGAACAGGGUGUGAUACAUCGGGAUAUUAAGGGUGCCAACAUAUUGACAACUAAGGAGGGUCUUGUGAAACUUGCUGAUUUUGGUGUUGCAACGAAACUGACAGAGGCUGAUGUAAAUACACAUUCAGUUGUUGGAACACCUUAUUGGAUGGCCCCCGAGGUGAUUGAAAUGUCAGGGGUUUGUGCUGCUUCUGACAUUUGGAGCGUUGGCUGCACCGUGAUUGAACUGCUUACAUGUGUACCUCCUUAUUAUGAUUUGCAGCCAAUGCCAGCGCUCUUUCGUAUUGUUCAGGACGAUCACCCUCCUAUUCCUGAUAGUCUAUCUCCCGACAUAACUGAUUUUCUGCGUCAAUGCUUUAAGAAGGAUGCUAGGCAAAGGCCUGAUGCAAAAACGCUACUUUCUCACCCUUGGAUACAAAACUGUAGGCGUGCUUUGCAAUCUCCUCUUCGUCAUACUGGAACUUUAAGAAAUAUACAGGAAGAUGUUUCAGUGGAUGCAGAGAUGUCUCAUGGAGAUACUCAGAAUUCUGGUGAAAACCCUUCUGCAGGGAACGUGGAAGUAGCUGAUACUGAAAUUAGAGCUGACACCAGAAAAGAGGAGUUCUCUGCUGAGGGAUCAAAUAUUAGCAAGUCUGAUAAAGAUACUGCUUUACAUACCAAUAUUAUUGAGGAAAGAGUGGCCAAUCCUGAUGAUUUAGAUCAAGUUCCCACCUUUGCCUUCCACGAAAAGUCAUACCUACAGACUGGUAGCUCUGAGCCCACGGUGCUUCAUGAGGUACCGCAUACUAGUGAGCAUGAUGAAGUGCUAAUGAAUGGUUAUGUGGGAUCUCCUGAAUCAAGAAAAAAACAUGUAGCUGAAAAGCAUGGAGGAAAAGGUAACUCCGUCCGUGUUGCAAGUAGAUCACCUGGUUUUGGUCAAAGAAGUCAAGAUAGUAGUUUGCAAAAGGCUGUGAAGAUGUCAGUCACACCAGGGGAGAAUGAGCUUAGUAGGUUUAGUGACCCUCCAGGAGAUGCAUCCUUGGAUGAUCUAUUUCAACCUUUGGAUAAACAACCAGAGGAUCGGGCGGCUGAAGCUUCAACAUCUGCGUCAACCUCACAGUUUAACCAUAGCAGUACAUCCAUAACUGAUGCUGGGAAAAAUGACUUGGCUACAAAGUUGAGGGCUACAAUUGCUCAAAAGAAAAUGGAGAAUGAAAUGGAGCCAGCAAAUACUGGUGGUAAUCUGCUUCGCAUAGUGAUGGGUUAUCUUAAGGAUGAUGUUAUUGAUAUGGAUGGUCUGGUUUUUGAUGAAAAAUUGCCUGGAGAAAAUCUUUUUCCUCUACAGGCUGUGGAGUUUAGCAGAUUAGUUGGGUCCUUGAGACCAGACGAAUCAGAAGAUGUGAUCGUGUCUGCUUGUCAGAAACUUAUUUCUAUCUUUCACCAACGCCCCGAGCAGAAAAUUGUUUUUGUUACCCAACAUGGUUUGCUCCCCCUAAUGGAAUUGCUAGAAGUUCCUAAAACUCGUGUCAUAUGUGCUGUGCUUCAAAUUAUAAAUCAGAUAGUUAAAGAUAACGCUGAUUUCCAAGAAAAUGCUUGUCUCAUUGGGUUGAUCCCUUUGGUAAGGGGCUUUGCGGUACCUGAUCGUCCUCGGGAAGUUCGCAUGGAAGCUUCUUUUUUCUUGCAGCAGCUUUGUCAGUCAAGCUCCUUGACAUUACAAAUGUUCAUUGCUUGUGAUGGAAUACCUGUUUUGGUGGGCUUCCUAGAGGCUGAUUAUGCGAAGUACAGGGAAAUGGUUCAUCUAGCUAUUGACUGCAUGUGGCAGGUCUUUAAGCUUCAGCGGUCAACCCCUAGAAAUGAUUUCUGUCGCAUAGCUGCAAAGAAUGGAAUACUUCUUAGACUUAUCAACACCCUGUAUAGCUUGAAUGAGGCAACUCGAUUAGCUUCUAUAUCUGUUGGUGGAGGAUUUCCUAUUGAUGGUUCCACUCAGCGACCGCGUUCUGGUCAACUGGACUAUAGCCAUCCUAUUUUCAGUCAGUAUGAGACACCACUUUCCACAGCUGAUCAGCAUGACCUCCCCAAGGUUAGGCAUGGAAUAAUUGAUCAGCAUAUAUCAACUGGAAUGCAAGAAUCUUCACGUGCUUCAACUUCAAAUUCACAGAGAUCAGAUGCCAAUCAAUCAGAUCCCCGAUACCUCCAAACAGAUCCUGAUAAGCCUCAAUGCAGUAAUGCCGCCUUAAAAGCUUCAAUUGCUUCUAAAUUUGCUGACCCAAUAUCAUUAGAUAAAGUUGCAAAUCUAUCAAUUAAGGAACCUCCAGCAAGUAUGCCUAAUGAUCGAGACAACUCAGAGCAAAGUAAGAUUGAUCCUUCUCGAAAAGAUGCUGAACUUAGACAGCAGCGUGUUCCUAAUUCUACUAAUAGGACAUCCACAGACCGGCCUUUGAAAUCAAUUGAAAGUACGACAGUGGCUUCUCUGCAAGAGCAUGUCCGGCCUCUUCUUAGCUUGUUGGAGAAGGAACCUCCUUCGCGACAUUUUUCUGGUCAGCUCGAGUAUGUGCGCCACCUUUCAGGGUUGGAUAGGCAUGAGAGUGUAAUGCCUCUAUUACAUGCUAAUGACAAGAAAACAAAUGGUGAACUAGAUUUCCUAAUGGCUGAAUUUGCGGAUGUUUCUCAACGGGGAAAAGAAAAUGGAAAUCUUGACUCUAGUGCUAGAGUUUCACAUAAAACAGCAGUUAAGAAGGGUGGACCAAUGGCAUCUAAUGAGGGAGCUGCUUCUACAUCUGGGAUUGUAUCUCAGUCAGCAUCUGGUGUGCUGUCUGGUUCAGGUGUUCUAAAUGCUAGACCUGGAAGUGCAACAUCCUCUGGGUUGCUAUCCCACAUGGUUUCAACAUUGAAUGCAGAUGUUGCCAGGGAGUACCUAGAAAAGGUGGCUGAUCUUCUGCUUGAGUUUGCCCAAGCAGAUACAAUUGUAAAAUCUUACAUGUGUAGCCAAAGCUUGCUAAGUCGUCUUUUCCAGAUGUUCAAUAGGGUAGAACCUCCUAUUCUUUUAAAGAUAUUGAAGUGUAUCAAUCAUUUGUCAACUGAUCCAAACUGCUUAGAGAAUCUUCAACGAGCGGAUGCCAUUAAAUAUCUGAUCCCAAAUCUGGAACUCAAAGAAGGGUCUCUUGUAUCUCAAAUAUAUCACGAGGUUCUCAAUGCUCUUUUCAAUCUAUGCAAAAUAAAUAAGAGGAGACAGGAACAAGCAGCUGAAAAUGGAAUCAUUCCACACUUGAUGCAGUUUAUCAUGUCAGAUUCUCCCUUGAAACAAUAUGCGUUGCCUUUACUGUGUGAUAUGGCCCAUGCAUCUCGUAACUCGAGGGAGCAAUUAAGGGCUCAUGGUGGGUUGGAUGUGUACUUGAGCCUUCUUGAGGAUGGGGAUUGGUCUGUUACUGCAUUGGAUUCUAUUGCUGUCUCUUUAGCUCAUGACAAUGAUAACCGGAAAGUGGAGCAGGCAUUGCUAAAAAAAGAUGCAAUUCAGAAAUUGGUGAAGUUCUUCCAAUGCUGCCCAGAACAGCAUUUCGUACACAUAUUGGAGCCAUUCUUGAAAAUUAUCACGAAAUCAUCUCGAAUCAAUACAACAUUAGCUGUUAAUGGUUUGACUCCAUUGCUUAUCGCAAGGUUGGACCAUCAAGAUGCUAUAGCUCGCCUCAAUCUGCUCAAACUGAUAAAGGCUGUUUACGAGCACCACCCACGGCCCAAGCAGCUGAUUGUGGAGAAUGAUUUGCCACAGAAGCUUCAGAAUUUGAUAGAGGAGCGUAGAGAUGGACAACGCUCUGGGGGCCAAGUUUUGGUGAAACAAAUGGCUACUUCUUUGCUUAAAGCGCUUCAUAUAAACACCGUUUUGUAAAUUUAGCUACUUGUAAACAUGUUUCAUUUUUUAUUUGGCAUUUUAACGUUUCUUCAGAAAGAUGAGAGAGACAAGGCAUUGGAGUGCCCUUAUUAUAUGGGAUGCGUCAAGAGCCAGCCUUCAAGAGUUUGGUGUGUUUCUCUUUGUAUGCUUCCUAUAUCGCCUUUGUUUUCUACUGCUGUUUUAUGUUUUUUUAUUAUGCUCUCGAUUGAUUGUAAUGUAAAUCUUUGGCACUUAAAAAGAUUAUCCAGAAAGUGUUCCAUUCUGUUCCCCAA